AUGCUGGCCAGAAAGAGCAUCAUCCCCGAGGAGUAUGUGCUGGCGCGCAUCGCGGCGGAGAACCUGCGCAAGCCGCGCAUCCGAGACCGCCUGGCCAAGGCCCGCUUCAUCGCCAAGAGCGGGGCCUGCAACCUGGCGCACAAGAACAUUCGCGAGCAGGGCCGCUUCCUCCAGGACAUCUUCACCACCUUGGUGGACCUGAAAUGGCGCCACACGCUGGUCAUCUUCACCAUGUCGUUCCUCUGCAGCUGGCUGCUCUUCGCCAUCAUGUGGUGGCUGGUGGCCUUUGCCCACGGGGACAUCUAUGCUUACAUGGAGAAGAGCGGGAUGGAGAAGAGUGGCGUGGACUCCGCUGUGUGUGUGACUAAUGUCAGGUCCUUUGCCUCUGCUUUUCUCUUCUCCAUUGAGGUUCAAGUGACCAUUGGGUUUGGAGGGAGAAUGAUGACAGAGGAAUGCCCUCUGGCCAUCACAGUUCUGAUUCUGCAGAACAUCGUGGGCUUGAUCAUCAAUGCGGUCAUGCUGGGCUGCAUUUUCAUGAAAACGGCUCAGGCUCACAGGAGGGCAGAAACGCUGAUAUUCAGUCGCCAUGCUGUAAUUGCGGUCCGCAAUGGCAAGCUAUGCUUCAUGUUCCGAGUGGGCGACCUGAGGAAGAGCAUGAUCAUCAGCGCCUCGGUGCGCAUCCAGGUGGUCAAGAAGACCACCACCCCGGAGGGGGAGGUGGUGCCCAUUCACCAGCUCGACAUUCCUGUGGAUAACCCUAUUGAGAGCAAUAACAUUUUCCUAGUGGCCCCUCUGAUAAUCUGCCAUGUGAUUGACAAGCGCAGCCCCUUGUAUGAAAUCUCAGCCACGGACUUGGCCAAUCAAGACCUGGAGGUCAUAGUGAUCCUGGAAGGAGUGGUGGAGACCACCGGCAUCACCACGCAAGCCAGAACCUCCUACAUCGCCGAGGAGAUCCAGUGGGGCCAUCGCUUCGUGUCUAUUGUAACGGAGGAGGAGGGAGUGUAUUCUGUGGAUUACUCCAAGUUUGGCAACACUGUGAAAGUAGCUGCUCCCCGGUGCAGCGCCCGAGAGCUGGACGAGAAGCCUUCCAUCCUCAUCCAGACCCUCCAGAAGAGUGAACUGUCCCAUCAGAAUUCCCUGAGGAAGCGCAACUCCAUGAGAAGAAAUAAUUCCAUGAGGAGGAACAACUCUAUCCGGAGGAACAACUCGUCCCUCAUCGUGCCAAAGGUGCAGUUUAUGACUCCAGAAGGAAAUCAAAGCACACCAGAAUCAUGACAGCAAGAUGGCCCCAAGGAAGGCGUUGUAUCAAGUGUGGACUCUGUAGGCAGGGCACUACCAGACUGUACAUCUUAAUGCACUAAAUGAUAUUCAUAUUCAAACAACAGCACUUUCUUUUAGCAACAAAGCAGUAACACACAAGGGGGAGGAUUCGUGGCUCAUACUUGUUUCACACAUGCAAUAUGUGCAGUGAUACGCUUAAGUUAUGUGUAAAGAAUAGGAUGCUCUCAUUUCCUCUCUGUCUGAAACACGAUCACAUUAAUAGGAAUGGACCUUAAAUAGAGAAGGUGGCCAAGGAAGGAUUCUGUUUGAACACUUAGUGGAUGAACCCACUGUUGUUCAUUCUGGAAAUACAAAUAGCAUAGGAGGGGGAGAGGAAGCAAAACUGUAUUAGCAUCUUUUGUAUAUCAACCACUAUGUUGCCUUUUCCUUUCCCAUGACACUGCACCUG